AUGUGUGAGCCGCGGGAGCUGCGGAGCCGAGCCGUUGGCUCCAACGGCCGCCGGCGCCAACGCUCGAAACCGGUGAGUGGGUGGACAUUCGGUUGCGAGGGCGGCGGGGCUCGUUACAGCUCGGGGUCAUCCGGGCUCUUUUCCGGCGGGGUCGGCGGCAGUCGGCGCCGCGUCUCUCGCUUCUGUGGGCGAAGGCCGGCGCGAGCUGUGCUUUCCGUGUGCGCAUGUGUGGGGCUGAUUAGUCCAUCUUGGUCCUCCGCUCGAGGCCUCGAGCCCGACUCCCUGCUCUUCUUCCCUUCCUUCCUUCCUUCCUUCCUUCCCCCGCCCCGAUGGAAUUUGAAUAUGACAGAUGACUUCGGAUCAGAUGGUUUUUCGCCAAAAUCUGGGACAAACAGGCUGCAUCAGGCAAUGGCAACAGAUGCAUCUCCAGACUCUAAAUGUCCAAUAUGCUUGGACAACUUUGAAAACGUGGCCUAUUUGAAUCGUUGUUACCACAGAUUCUGUUUCCGAUGUGUGCAGGAGUGGUCCAAAAACAAAGCAGAAUGUCCGCUCUGCAAGCAACCUUUUCACUCUAUCAUCCAUAGUAUGCGGUCUGAUGAUGACUUUAAGGAAUAUAUUGUACGACCUUCAGGGAAUGGAUCUUUUGGUAAUCCAGAUGGGAGAAGAUUCCGUUACCGGACUACAUUAACAAGGGAACGGCGUACAUCAGUUUUCCCCCGAAGGAAUUCCUCAUCACGAAGGAUAGCAUCUCCUCCAGACAACGGGAUAUUGUUUGAAAGCUUGUCAAGUCAACCACCAAGGCGCAGAGAUGCAGAAAUGCACCAGAUGAUUAGACGUCUUUCAUCACUGCGACAAGCUAGCUUGGAGGGUAGAUCUAUGCGACAGAUUCAAGAACAGGAGAUUAUUAACUUUAGAAGGGCUCUGUAUCGCUCUGGUAUACGUGUUAGAAACAUUGAAGAUGGAGGUCGGUAUAGAGACAUAUCCGCUGAAUUUUUUCGCAGGAAUCCUGCCUGCCUUCAUAGGCUAGUUCCAUGGUUAAAGCGUGAGUUGACUGUCCUCUUUGGUGCUCAUGGUUCCCUGGUCAAUAUUGUACAACAUAUCAUCAUGAGCAAUGUGACUAGGUAUGAUUUGGAGAGCCAGGCAUUUGCUGAAGAUUUAAAACCUUUUUUACUGCAUCGCACAGAACACUUUUUACAUGAGUUCAUUAGCUUUGCUAGAUGCCCUUUUAACAUAGAUGCCUAUGAUCAGCAUGCAAACUAUGAUUGUCCUGCUCCAUCAUAUGAAGAAGGAAGCCGCUCUGACUCCUCCAUCAUUACAAUCUCUCCGGAUGAAGCAGAUUCCCAGGAACCAGACCGUAAUAUCUUCACAACUGGAAUCGGUCAGGCACCUUGGGAUGAUGAAACACCAGGCCCCUCAUACUCCAGUGCAGCAGAGCAAGUUAGUGCUGACGUAUCAGCCACCUUGGACACUUCAGAAAGCUCUGAUGAAGAGCCCCUAGCCAAUGCAUCUCAGGCACAAAUGCGGUUGUCUGCUAGUGUGGAGACCAAUGGCGAGAGUGAUGGUUCCUCUGAUAACUGUGUUAUCGUCGGCUAUGUGAAGCCGCUAGCAGAGAGGACACCUGAACUUGUUGAGUUGUCUUCAGAUUCUGAGGGAUCAGUUGAUAAUGCUAAAAAUGAAGAUGUGAGCAAAGUGCUGCCUAUCCAGUAUCAUAAUUUCAGUGAUACUGAUGCCAGUGGGUAUGCAUCACCCUUCUCUCUCGGGUCCAGGGAUGGCAGAUCCAGUUAUAAUGGCAAUAUGUCCCUCUCAAGUAAGAUGAAAUCCAAAAGGGAUGAGAAGGAGAAAACUAAAACAAGGGAGUCUGCUACAAGGAAUUGGCUUCAAAGCUCUGCUACAAAAAGAGGUGGAGGUGGUGACGACGAUAAUGAUUACAGAUUGUCCAAAAGAAGGAAGUCUGAAUCCCAUUUGCAACGUUCUUGCAGCAGAGAACGCCAUGGCAUGAAAAGUAAGAGAAAACAUCACAGCAUGGAAAAACGGAAAAGGAAUCGGUCAAGCAGGCGUAAGCACAAGAGAGACAAGAAGAGGUCACGAGACGAGAAGUCACGAGACGGGAGUCUAUCUCGAAAAAGCCAAACUCGCUCUCUAAGCAGUGAGAGCAUUAUGUCCCGAGAUUUAAGCCGAUCCAGAUCCCGGAGCAACGAGUAUAGGAGAAGACGAUCAAAAAGUAAAGACAGUGAUAAUUACCUAAGAGACAGUUACCAAAGCAGAAACAAAUGGGAAUAUACUUUUUAUAGUAUGAACGCACCCCGGGAUGGUUAUGAAUACAGAAGGCGGACUCAGGCCAGAGCUCACUAUUCAAGGCAGUCCUCUAGCCCAGACUACAGAAUACAGUCUUUCUCUGAACGGACAGAUAGUCGAAAUCCUAGAAAUCAUAAUGAAAGCAGAUAUUACUACUAUGAAAGACGCAGAUCAAGAAGUCGAUCCAGCAGCAGAUCUAGGACUCCUUUGGGAUCAGAGAGAAUGCGUUCUGAAAAGCCCAGUGGCAAAAGGAAAUACAAGUCUCGCCACUUAGAGAGUGCCCACAGAGGCAGCAAAGAAACUUCUUCUACAAAAGAAGGAAAUGCCCUUCAGAAACCUUUGCUGAAAUACAGGGACAGUUACAAAAGAAAAGAUAGCUUUUUGGACAUUCAGCUGGAUCCUGAGAGUCACCCCAAAAAGAGGAGGAAAAGGUCAAGAAGCCCAAGUGUGGAAAUCAUUUAUGAAGGGAAAGCCACCGAUGCCAGGCAUCAUAAGAAGAAAAGGAAAAGGGGAAAGAGAUCGCACAAAAGCCCCAUGGGCUGCUCUACGCUUUCUUCACCUGUUGUGAUUACAAUUGAUAGUGACAGUGAUAAAGAGCCUGAAACCCAGGGGAAUAUUGAGUAUGAUAGUAACUUUUCCUGGAGCCCUACAGUGCCACAAUAUGACAGAGAGACAGAGUCUCCUUCCUCCCUCUUCGAAAGCAGAGACUAUAGUUAUGAUAGAGCUGAUGAAACAGAAAGUAUGGAUAAGGACAGUAAUGUUCCCGCCACUGUGGGAGAUGCACGAGAUGAGAUUCUAGAUGGAGUUCUACAGCCGCAGGGCAUGCUCAAUGGACAUGCAUCUGCUGUGUCAGGUGAUCAGUCAUUUGACAUAGGAAAUCAACCUAGCAGUGUAGAAGAGGAGUUACCGAACCAGUUGCCAUCUGUCAAAACAUCUUUGCUACUAAGACUGUCAAAGAAACUGAUGGAACAUUCACGUCGUCGGGACUCACCAGUUCAGAAAGUGUAACUUUUUACAUAAUUGUUUUUAAAC